ACCUCUUAUCCUUUCUCCUCAAAUACAUCAUCUUCUCCAAUCUGCAAAAAAACAACAAUCCACCAUGGAAGAACCACCAUCUUCAAACAGAGGAUCAAUCCUAACCAAAUACUUACCCAAAUCAAACCCACGUUACCACCGACUAAACGGAUCCAAUCGUCGCCGAAACAAUCUACAAUUAGCAGUCUUAGGCGGCGGCGGUCCAAGAAAGCGAAGAAUCAACAGGUUUUGGAGAAUCAAGAUCUUAAAGAAACCCAAAUUGAAACUUCGAUUCUUCUCACCGAAGAAACUUCUAAUCAAAUUGAGAGACGCAUACGUCAAUUUCAUGCUUCGUCUUUCUAAUUCAUCGGCUCUCGGCGGCAGCGCUUUCGGAGGAGGGAUGGUGGAUGUGGGUGUUGCGGGAUUUGGAAGAAGGCCGAUGAAGGAAUAUGAUGAGAAGAUGAUUGUUGAGAUGUAUAAAUCUAUAUUGAUUAGACAAAGUCAAUUGAUGCCUUAUGGUUCAACUAAGAUCUCAUCUCAGAUAUGAGAAGUAAGUAAGUGAAGAAAUGAAUUAUUAUAAACAAGUUAAUUAAUUAAUUUGUUUAGAUUUGGGUGUUAUUGUUUUAAUUUGAUUACUUAAUAAUAUUAAACUAGUGUUUAUUUUAA